AUGGGGAAGUUUAUCCUUGCCGUCAACGCCGGCUCGUCCUCCGUCAAAGUCACGUUCUAUAGCUUCGCGAACCCCCGCAAGCCAUCGCUGACGCUCAAGUCUCCGGUAUCACUGCACCGCCACCCUCAUUCAAGGCCUGUCAAAAGCAAAGAGGAACUCAAAGAGCCGCUGAAAACUCCUCAAGAUGCGUUCAAAUACAUUUUGCAGCGUUGUUUCAAUGAUCCCGAACUAUCCGAGGUUGCCAGUGACCAUGAUCUCGCGUACAUCUGCCACCGGGUAGUUCAUGGCGGAGACUAUCGAGAAGCAGUCGAAAUCAACGAUGAGACUCUCCAUCAUCUCGAAGCCUUGGAAGACCUUGCACCAUUACAUAAUUUCUCUGCACUGGAGAUCAUUCGGCUCUGUAGAAAAGAGCUCCCAAGUGUGACAAGUGUCACUUUUUUUGACUCCGCUUUCCACCAGACUCUCCCUGUCUACGUGCGCACUUAUCCGAUCGACCAGGAAGUCGCAAAGGCAAAUGGGUUGCGAAAGUAUGGAUUCCACGGAAUCAGUUACUCGUUCAUUUUACGCUCUGUUGCCCAGUUUUGGGGGAAACCACAGGAGCAGACUAAUUUGAUCGCUAUGCAUAUUGGAAGUGGUGCAUCGAUCUGUGCGAUCAAGCAAGGGAAAUCCAUUGAUACCUCCAUGGGCCUGACUCCUCUUGCUGGAUUGCCUGGCGCAACGAGGAGCGGAGACAUUGACCCCUCACUAGUUUUCCACUAUACCAAUGAGGCGGGCAAGUUGAGCCCCGCUAGCACCAAGGAAAUGCACAUAAGCACGGCCGAGGAAAUCCUCAACAAGCAAUCCGGUUGGAAGGCGUUGACCGGCACAACCGACUUCGCUCAAAUCGCAGUCGAGAAUCCACCGACCGAGGCGCACAAACUUGCCUUCGAUAUCCUUGUGGAUCGCAUCUUGGGAUACAUUGGUAACUACUAUGUAAAGCUGGGUGGGCAAGUUGAUGCCCUGGUCUUUGCUGGUGGCAUCGGUGAGAAGAGCGCGCUCCUGCGCCGUGUUUUGUCAGAGAAAUGCCAAAGUCUAGGCGUCGCCAUCGACUCGGAAGCUAACGACAAGGGGCCGGGAGAUACUGAAACUGUAAUGGAUAUCUCCAAGGAAUCCGGUAAGGGGCCUCGGGUGUUGAUCUGCCAGACCAAUGAACAGUUUGAAAUGGCAUACCACACUGUUUGUUCGCGAUCUUGA